AUGCCUCGGAACCCAACAAAUUGGGACGAAUACCAGUAUGGGACCUCCCAUUCGGACAGAGGCUCUGUAGGCUCUGCCGGAGGUCGAAGCUUGCGGUUCAGCGAGCAGGAGGACGUAUCCCCUCGUACUUCUGGUGCCCAGUUGGACGCGCCGGGAAAUGGUACGCGUCCCAUCCAGAGACGAAGGUCUUCGAUAGCUCUCCGUUUGAAUGGUCUUGCGCAAGUAGGAGGGGUGAACAGUAUCGAGAACUUUGCCAGAAGCUGGACCCGAGCAGCAGGCUUCCCAGAAGUCGCACCUCAACAUCAAUCUUUUGUUUAUGCCGACAACGAAGCCGCGGACGGGCAUGAUGAGACUAUAGACUAUAGAAGACAAGAUCCGGAACAUAGCCGCCUCCCUCGACAUUCCUUAAUCGGAGCACAUCUUGAAGCUUCUGGGGCUCCGGAGAAUGCUAUCGAUGAUGAAUCAAUCGCCCCCGAAAAUGAAGCCCAUCCAUCGCAGCCUUUGCUUCACAAGGAGUCAGCUGGGGUACUUGGCAGUGAUAGGCCUAGCAACCAGGGAAGCGUGAGGGGUAGCCAGUCUAUCUUUGGUAUGGGCCCGAACCUUGCAGGAAGUUAUGGAACUUCAUAUGGAACAAUGCAGUCCGUUCUCGAUGAACCGUCGAUGAACCGGGCUGCCGAAUUAUGGAGACAACAAGAAGCUGCUGCAACGCAGUUAAGUGAAGGCGAACGUGAGCCUCUGGUGCUUAAAGCAGUUGAGCAGGAUGGCAAAAAAGUCCUUGUUAUUGCCGGUCGAUCGACUCUGCCCCAAACGAUUUUCAACUCCACCAACGUCCUUAUCGGCGUAGGGCUUUUGAGUCUCCCAAUGGGCAUAAAAUAUGCUGGUUGGCUGUGUGGGAUGGGAUUUCUAUUUCUAUCUGCUGUCGUCACAGCAUAUACUGCAGGGAUAUUGGCCAAAUGUAUGGAUGUCGACGCGAGUCUCAUCACAUUUGCCGACUUAGCCUUCGUCAGCUAUGGACAUAGAGCCCGGAUAGCAACUAGUGUGCUAUUUAUGUUGGAGCUAUUGGCAGCAUGCGUUGCGCUGAUAGUUCUAUUUGCAGACACCCUGAAUUUGCUGGUCCCCGCGAUUGUCGUCCUAAUCAUUUUCAUCGACGGCUUCAUAAAGCCAAACGCCCCUGGCUCCCUGCGUGAGCCAGCAGAAACCCACCUAUUUCCACAGAACUGGCUCACCCUGCCGAUAUCAUUUGGGUUGCUCAUGUCUCCCUGGGGUGGACAUUCCGUCUUCCCUAAUAUAUAUCGAGACAUGCGUCAUCCUUACAAAUUUAAGCGGGCAGUUCGGGUCACAUUCAGCUUCACAUACCUCCUAGACUGCCUCACUGCUGUAGCCGGCUACCUCAUGUUCGGAGAUGGGGUUAUGGAUGAAAUAACGUCAAACUUAAUUGGAACUCCCGGGUACCCACACGCGCUAUCCGUCCUCUUGACCAUCUUCAUCGCCAUAAUACCGCUCACCAAACUCCCUCUCAAUGCUCGCCCCAUCUACUCCACCAUUGAAGUCCUCACCGGUCUAAACCGGCGACCAACAUCUGAACCAUUAGCUUGGUCCGUUAAAGCGCUCAAAAUCGCAUUGCGUAUCUUCGUCAUCGUCGUAUUCGUGGUUAUAUCCAUCCUAUUCCCCCACUUCGAUAGCAUAAUGGCGUUCAUGGGAUCUGCGCUCUGCUUCGCCAUCUGUAUUAUACUACCGCUCCUAUUCUACGUCAAGAUCUUUGGGAAAGAGAUCAGUACUAGUGAGAGGAUGCUUGAUUACUUUUUGAUUGGCGUUUGCUCCGUCAUGGCUGCCGUGGGCACGGUAUGGGCUUUCUUGCCGAAGAGCCUGAUUGGCACUGAGUAG